AUGGGAGCAGUGGAUCUUUUGUUUUUACAAUGUUUGAAAGAUCUGAAGCAGCUGAAAGGAGAGGUACAUUUUUGUGUUUUUCAGGGCUGCAAAAAAUACUUCAUUUUCUGGGACUGCAAGGCCAACGAAAAAAAUUCCUCUGCAAGUAAACAACUGGCAAUCGUAUGUUUUUCUAAAUUUCACCGGUACUGGUUGGUCUUUGUUUGUGGAUGAAUAGUGUAGCAGUUUAGGCUGGUAACCACCAAAAUCCAAAUUAAGACUAAUAAGUAAUUAUUGGAUGAGGCUGAGCAUGAUAUCAAGAAUUAUUCAGACCGAGGUCAAUGUUAUCUGCCGAAGCGAAGCUGAGGCGGUUAACAUAGACCCAGGUCUGAAUAAUUCUUGAUAUCAAGCGAAAGCCGAAUCCAAUAAUUGUUUUAUUAUACAUUUAAAGACAUGAGAAACGUAUAAAACGAUUCCUGUUCAUGAGGUAGGAAAAGUACAAUUUCAAUAUCAAACACCUUGCACAAAAUCAAAGGUCAGCUAAAUAUUCUAUUUCUACUUCUAUUUACCCCUUUGUGGCUUUUUUCGUGCUUUCACUAUCCUUAUCUGCCAAUAAUUUGGAGAGUUCACUUUCAUUAGGCGAAGCAAAUCUGCUGUAGGCCAUUGUUUGUUUGUUUUUUUCGCGCGCUUAUAGCACAGAAUAGGAAGUUAUACCAGAAGCGUAACUCGAGCAAAUAUUUGUCCGCGUUUUUACAAGCGAUUCGUCAUCAAUCACGCCAUCCUGGCUAGUACAACCGGCACUUUGUACCUACCAAAUCCUGAUAAAACUUCCGGCUGUACUAGCCAGGAUGGCGUGGCCUGACGUGAGCGAGUUAAAAAUUUUCGUGGACGUCAAACAAUAAGGGAAACGACUAGAGUUACGCUUCUGGUAUAACUUCCUAUUCUGUGCUUAUAGGUUCAAGCUUUUGGCCGCGCAAGGGUUUGGGCACGAGAGAGUCCAAUAAUUUUUAUUUUGGAUGCAAGUUCGAUCCAAAAAAAAAAAUUAUUGGACGCCGAUGACGUCAUCGGCGGAAAAUACGUAAUAAAUGCCGAAUACUGAAAAUUAGCCGGUGCUUUCUGACCAAUUAGAAACGAGAAUACAUAUUAAAUGUAUAAUAAUUUAUAUUAUCCUGGAAUUUAGCUCUCGGUAUAAAACACGCGCGCUAGACUAUAACGGUGAUGUUAUGAUUUUGUUUGUGCUUAAAUUAUCACUAAAAUAUCUUGAAAAUCAUUGUAAGCCUGUUUAUAUAAAGCAUACAAAGCAUAUACAUCGACAAGGAACCGCAAAACUCAAAGUUUAAACUUCGUGACCAAAUGACAUAAAACUGACAUGUCAACUGUAGCAUUUUCGUCCUUGGUCGCGUAAUUUUGAAAACGGGUGUAAGCUUUCACGUGAGAAUAGACUUUGUUUCAACUAGUCACCCUUUGGUACAAACUUGCAGACCAUUUGUCCUGUUGAAAUUUGUUGAUUAUAUCUUCGUAAUUCAGCUGGACAAUUAUAUAACAGAUAUAACUCCAGGUAUAUAUUCAUAUCAGUUACACUGACGUGUUUACGUCAUUCGUUCCCAGGUUUUAUACGUCUUCCUCCUGCACCAAAACGUUGAAGAAGGCAAAGCUCACGUGACCUCAGUGGCGCAUUUUAUCCUAACGCAACCUCUGCUCAGUUUUGUCAUAUCUGAAGCGAAGAUGUUCAAGGCAUCAGUGAGGGAUAGUAUGGAUCAAAAUGGCGAUAGAGAGGGACACGAGCAGGAUGAUGGGGGGCAUGAAGACGGCGAAGAAGACAAGAUUCCAACCAUUAGGAUCAAACUUCAUUGUAUUAACCCAAA